AUGCGUCUAUCAUUUCUCAUAUUUUUCCUGAUGUUCGAUUUUUCUGAGCAACAACAACUCCUUUGUUCAUUUGCCACCGGUUGUUUCAAGAAAUUCAAAAUUCCCGAGAAACCUGCGCCAGGUAUCUUUUUAGCGGAAAUAUCUUAAUUUUAAAUUCUCGGAAAAGAUUUUCAGAAUUGGAAAGAGCUCCUUCUAAGCGUGAGGAACUUGGUCGCAGAAUGGCAUCAUGUUGGCUUUCACAGAAAAACAAUGAGCUAUGA